AACACUUAAUCAGCAAAUGGCUACAGAAAGACAUUUUCCAAUUAGGCACCACAAACAUUUCGCCAGAAACGAUUCACAGCAAUUGCGCACAGCGAUAAGAACAAAUGAAAGCCUUUAUGGCUUAUCGCCACCUUUGAUUGUAUAUUUAUAAGACAAAAGCCCAUAUGGGAAAACUAGGCAUGGUAUAUGGUUAAAAUUUGACUGCACUUGACAUUGUUGCACCGCAGCGCGUACUCGAUGUGCACCAUUUUAAGUACUCAGUACCCGAUACUUGCGCUUGUCCCAUCUGAAUGACACUUUGAGCAGUUCUGGCUCAAGUGUGUUUGUAGACGCAGACACUCGAACGUGGUGCGCAUUAGCCACAGUUGGGCCUCCUCCGGCGGCAGGUGCCGGGCGCAGUUCUACUUUGAUUUGCAUUGUGCGCGGUUCACCCGAAAGCCCAAGGAGGGAACAAGUCGUUUUAGUGCGCAGCUCUUGACCGGCAACAUGUUGAAUCUGUGCUAAUUGGCAGCCAGCCAGAGGUACAGACCGAUGUGGAGGCAAGCUAACAGGAAGAGCAGAAAGAAAAAGCAAGAUCAAUAUGUUUACCAAGACCGAAACCUAUGACAAAUGCAGUGCAAUAGCCAGCGCGGAAUUAAAUGUAAAUGACAGUAACAGCACAGAUCUUCAAGACCAGGCGGCCAACAACAGCAACAGCUCAUUACUGCACUCAAUCGAUGAGCAUUACAUUUGUGACAUAGCCAUGAUGAGCAUCGCCGAGGAAGUUGGCCAGAUGACGGCCCAGGCCUUGCUGUCAAGCGCAGAUCAGCCGCUUGUGAGCACAAUCAGCAAUGGCAACGAGCUGGAAAUUGAUCGCCAGGAGGAGGAGCAGGCGAUAAGCCAGCUGGUGCGCUCGUCCAACGGCGGCGCUCUAAUGGAACCGGGCAGCCACAACAGCGGCAGCAUGCGUGUUGUCCUGGGUAUACUGGUGCGUCUGGUGCUGCCGCUGGCGAAUGGUGUCGCCCGCGGCAUUAAGGGCAUUCGGGAUGUACGCGUGCUGCAGGUGCUGCAGAAUCUGGCCUCUAGUCGCCAGGCGCUGACCAAUCUGGUGGCCUUUGCCGCGAACACCAUAUCGCUGAAUCUAUCCUCCGUUCAGGCUUUUUAUAUCAAAUGCUUAUCGCUCUAUCCGCAAUCUCUCUCAUUACCAGUUUCCAAUCGUCUGGGGCCUUUGCUCAAUUUGCUCAAGUUGCGCAAGUCCCAAGAUGGCUUGGAAAGUCUGCCCGAUACGUUGAGCACACAUACACCGACCACGCCCAUAACUUCCACACCACCCAAUACGCCCACAACGCCCAGCCCACCGUUGCAGGGACCGCCAACUUACAGUCUUCAGAGCUCAAGCGCCAGCUGUUGCACCCUCAACAUACUUGCCGCACCGCCGGCGGGCACACCCAUACGCGCGGACAUUGUGCUUGUGCAUGGUCUGCACGGUUCGUUGUUAAACACAUGGCGGCAGGGCCUGUGGCAAAACGAGCGCCAUCCGGUGGAGUUUGAUCGACCGCCCCGGCCACCUGUGCGUCCACCGAAGCGUCCACGCCAUUCACGCAGCGCCGCCAUACAUCCUGCGCCGCGCGAGAAACGCGCCAAGUUUGCCUCCUGCAAUCGCCUCCUGGACACAGAGGCAACGUUUGAUGACGCUGCCUGGCAGCAGGCAACGCUGCAACAGACAACUGAGCCAAAGGCGUUUAGUGCUUCCGACAAUGAUGAUGACGCCGAAGAUUACGCGUAUGUUUGUGGUGAUCCAGAGGAUAUACAAAUCUGUGAGGGCAUCGAGUACAGCUUCCCAACAUUCCGUCUGCGCAUGCAUGACAACAGCCAUCUGCUGCAGGUCGAGCUGGAGUCCAUGCUGCAGGCCGAAGGCAAUAAUAGUCCCAACAUGGACACCGCACAGGCCUCUGCGCCGCGCAAGACGGCCAGCAAAAGCAAAAAGAAACCUUCUGCCAAUGAUCCGAACUACUCCAACUGCUGGCCCGGCGACUGGCUGCCAUUGGACUGUCCGGGUGUAAGAGUCAUAGCUGUCAACUAUACAACUGACCAGUAUCUGUGGCGACCGCUUUGGAAGACCAAGGAGCCACGCUCCAGCCUCAUUCAGCGCUCGCGCGAAAUGGCCGAGCUGCUUAUGCAACAUCGCGUUGGCCACGGCCAUCCCAUCAUUUACGUAGGCCACUCCAAGGGCGGCCUUUUUAUCAAGCAGCUAAUUGUGGAUGCCUGGGAGAGCGGGCGUCCCGCUAUGCGACCACUCUGGCGAUCUGCUCGCGGCUGUUUCUUCUACUCGGUGCCGCAUCGCGGCUCCCAUUUGGCCUCCAUUAAGGCGCCGCUGCUGACGCGCUCCGUGGAGCUGCUGGAAAUAGAAAAAAAUAACAAAUAUCUGCUGGAUCUGCAUCGGCGGUUUGCGGGCCUCUAUCACUUGGGUCAUCUAAAGAUCGAGGUAUUCAGUUUUGUGGAGACAGCUCUGACGCUCAUGUCGGUGCUGUAUUUACGCAUUGUGGGCGUAGAUUCAGCCGAUCCAGGUUUUGGUGAAGUGUGCGGCAUAAGGCUGGAUCAUCGCGAGAUCUGUAAGCCGCGCAGCCGGGAAUGCAUUCUGUACAAGGAGCUUGUGAAAAUGAUAAGAAAGGUGUGCUGAGCACCCUUCAAUUAGUCUAGAAUAUCUAGAGGACCUCAAUGAAUUGGAAUCGAUAUGUGAAUAGGCUUGCAACUAAAAGUUGACCGAUAUUUAUGCGUACCUAAAAUAUAUGAGGAGCGCCGUUUUUCAUGUUAUGGUGCAUAGCAUAGAUUUUUUUUGUUUUUGUUUUGUUUAAAUUUAUAAUUGAGCGCAAUCAGAAUUAACUUGAUUUUAAUAUUUGCUUUUGUUUUUUGAAAUUGAUAAUUUAAUGGUUUAAAUACAGAGUUUAGUAGACCUUGUUUUGGUA